CUGGGCGAGCCACUCAAGUUGGGCGAGCAAGUUGUCCAGGCUAGUAACGAGCGAGCAAUCCAUUUCGUAGGCGACCAGGCAAUUCGGGAUCAUGACGGGCAAGCAUCCCAGGUGGCAUGGAAAAGAGAUAGACGAGUAAAUGAGAAGGGGUUGGGCGCCUUGGGCAUGGGUGCUAUUGGGCAGGCAUCCCAAGCGCUGGGCGUCGAGGCCAUGGAGAUCCAGGCGCCUGGUACUAGGGUCGCGGUAACUCAGGCACUUGUCAAGGCAG